CUGUUGGAUAAAACCUCGCACGAUAGCCUAUUAGUAGUAGGUCCUAAACAGCUACACCGUCUCUGACUGUUGAGAGCAUCAUACCACACGCUUUAUCAAAGAUUAAAUUGGAUCAACCCGGCCGAUGGUACAUGUUCUCCAGUGUGAUCUAGCAUUGGAUAAUAAUAAGGAUAUCUGUCCGGACCUUUAAUCUGCAAGACGAAGCGCAUUUAAGAGUGCACUCAGGAACACAUUCAUGCCAAGCGAGGCCCCAUGGACUAAAAACAUCUAAUUAACUCGGAGAAAGCGUGGACCCUCUUACAUUUGGCAAGGACACCCAACGAACAAGACCUCAGAGAUAUGUCCAACACCACCGGACGAGGAAACCCAUACCCGGAGCGAGGAAUCUAGAGGUCAGAACCAGGAUUGAGAACAUCUAGAAUGUGGAAGACUUACACAGAGCUGUCUAGACCAGAGGCUGUCAAAUUUCUAGCUAGAGCCGACUUAAUUGGUCAUGGGGGUCUUAACCAACUAGGCGGAAUGUUUGUGAAUGGCCGCCCGCUUCCGGAGGUGAUCCGGCAGCGCAUCGUGGACAUGGCCCAUCAGGGCGUCCGCCCCUGUGACAUCUCUCGCCAGCUCCGGGUCAGCCACGGCUGCGUCAGUAAGAUCCUGGGACGCUACUACGAGACAGGCAGCAUUAAGCCAGGAGUGAUUGGGGGAUCUAAACCCAAGGUGGCUACUCCUAAAGUGGUGGAUAAGAUAGCGGAGUACAAGCGGCAGAACCCCACUAUGUUUGCCUGGGAGAUCAGAGAUCGGCUUCUGGCUGAGGGCGUGUGUGACAGCGACACCGUUCCCAGCGUCAGUUCCAUCAACAGAAUAAUCCGAACCAAGGUGCAGCAGCCAUUUAACCUGCCUCUGGAUGGCAAAGGCCUGAGCCCAGGACACACACUCAUUCCCAGUUCAGCUGUCACUCCUCCCGAGUCGCCUCAGUCCGACUCCCUGGGCUCCACUUACUCCAUCAGUGGCCUGCUGGGUAUCCCACAGCCCAGCCAGGAGGGCAAGAGGAGCCAUGAUGACAGUGACCAGGAGAGCUGUAGACACAGUGUGGACUCUCAGGGCAGUGGGGGCGUUCCCAGGAAGCAGCUGAGGCCGGAGCACUUCCCCCCGCAGCACCCAGACUGCGGCUUCGACCGUCACCACUACCCUCCAGACUCCUUCAGCACGGCUGCAGCCAGCAAGACGGAGCAGACUUUGUACCCUCUCUCGCUCAUCAACGGCAGUCUAGAAGACGGGAAGACAAGCCUCUCAUCAUCGAGUGCUGCUAUUGGUCGGAACCUGGCGGCGCACCAAGGCUACACCGUGGUGUCAGAUCCCCUACAGCCCCUCCCACUUUGUCUGAAACAGGAAAUGUCCCCUGAGGUGACCAGCACGAGCCCCUCCCCAAACAUGGUGGCCAACUCAGCUUUUCUGGAGCUGCAGUCCAUACAGGGCCCUGUCUCUGUCAGUAGCAGCUGCAGCAGCUCCAACCAUUUCCCUCAUGCAUUCAACUCAUUCUCCCAUCAUGCACCAGUGUACGGCCAGUUCAGCAGCCAGUCUCUCAUAGCAGGAAGGGACAUGGUCAGUUCGACUCUCCCUGGCUACCCUCCUCACAUCCCCUCCAGUGGCCAGACAGGCUACUCAUCCUCGGCCAUCACUGGCAUGGUAGCAGGUGCGGACUACUCUGGCCAGACCUACACUCACUCCCCAUACACCUCCUACAGUGAAGCUUGGAGGUUCACCAAUUCUAGCAUACUCGGUUCCCCCUACUACUACGGCUCGGCCUCCCGCACCGCUCCACCACCCACCGCUGCCUAUGACCAUCUCUAGCUUCCACGGGCCAAAUAGUAGCAAGACAACUGAACAUGUGGACCAACAGGAAAAUGCAGCAAGGGACAGGGAAAUGACUGGACUGUCUCCAAAUAAUGGACAGGGGGAGUAAAGACAUUGGAAGGACACUGAAGACUGGACCAGCAAUGCUUGAGCAUGAACUCAUGGACAACUAAUGAAUUAUUUAUUUGUUUUGAAUGACAGCCUCAACCAGGGUGGCUUUACACGUUUACACAUGACAUUCUGAACACUAAUACAUUGGGAGACUGAUUUCUGUGACUUUUUCAGUUACAAAGCCCUGAAUCUACAUCCUGUAUCCAUUGCUCCAAAGCUGUUGCGCCAAAGACGUUCUAAAAUAGCACAUUUUGCAACACGCUGUAACUCUGACUUCAUGGUGACGUCACAGGAUGUGCUAUACUGUCACAGUGCAGUAAGUGCUUUUUGUGUAGCUUCGCCUGAAUUUGCAUCAAGUUUACAACAGUUUUCUACAAUUACCCAAAUCUCUUUCACAUUCUAGUGUCUGUUUUUCAGGGUUUUCUGUUUUGAAUUCAAAAUUCUGCCUCUUUCAGCUUACCACCUAAAGAAAACCUUCCACAUGUUAAAUGUAAUGUAGUGUCAAUAGUCUGGAUGAGAUAUGCAUCACACAUGUCAUCACAGAAAAAUGUCCUCAUGUCCUUUAAAAGAAAAUGUGUUAUAAAUUGAACUGUCUGAUUUAGGCCUACUCUUGUUUGGCAGUAUGUAUAUAUUGUAAAUGGCAAACUACUCCUGAGAAAGAAAUGCAAUUUUAUCAGAAGGAUGAUUUGGGGUGGAUUUUCUGGGGAUUAAUGACUUAGUUUCUGAAAAACAAAACAACUUGAAAGAUUCUUUUUCUUCAAUGAUAUUUCAAUGUUUCGUAAGAACUGUGACAAAACAUUUCUUUUCUUAUAAUGUUAUUAUUAUUAUUGAAGAUGUAAAUACUGAAUUUCUAAAGAAUUAUUUUAAUUAAAUAAAGCAUGACAAAGUUA